CACGGUGGCAAACAGUCAGAGCUGGAGUGGAAUAGCCCCGCCUUUUUUUCUUUCUUUUUUUCUUUUUGCCUCACCGGACCUAAUUUGCGAAUGUUCAACAAGAAAAUGUGUUGUAUUGUAAUGAAACCUCUGUGCUCCCUUUGGCUGAACCCUCCUCACGCACGCUCUCACAGAAGCGCGCGCACGCAGGAUUUCUUUCUCCCGCUCAGGCUUUCCAACAGCAAGGCCUUCAUUUGUUCAGUUGCCUUCACACUGUUUCGGGAGUUAAUGACCAGUCGUAUAAAGGACUGCUUUAAGGGGGUUGUCAGUAGGUCGCCCCCCAGCCACAGGAGGUUCUGAGCGAGUCUGCUGAGGUGGCUGUUCAUCAUCGGCAGGGCAGCGCUUCGAGAAAACGGGGAAUUUAAUAGGUUGUAAAGUUGUCAUGUGGUGUCAAGAUCUCACCUGGGUCCACUUAAAGUUCUGCCAGUUCUCAUCGCCUCAAGUUUUCUGCUAGGUAGUGUGCCAUUUUAGGGAGUGGGGGGAAAAAAGUUGGUAAGCUAAGUGCAUGGUAGGUUUUGGUUCUUUGGUUCUUUAAUGCCUAUAAUAUUAGACUUGCCAACAGUUUAAUGUUACAGGCACUAAUUAAUGCUAAGGCGGACUGCAGGCUGGACACAUUACCUCCAAAGUCAGAGUUCCCUGAACUUUACCCCUUCAGAAACAAAACAUUUUGGCCUAAAGGAGGAUCUACUGUAAUGUGUGAAUACCAGACUAUAUACCUCAAUAUCAAAUUUUCAAAUUUACCUCACUACUUCAUGUAUUGACAAUAUGUAUUUGUACUAUGUAGUAAUUAUAUCCAUAGAAAAUGAGUGUGUGAAUUCAGGUGAAUGUGUACAGUACAGUAUGUGUAGCAGCCCUUAUUUCACAGAAGCCACUGUGUGCUGGGUGAAAUCCGCCAUUUUGUUUUGAGCAUUUCAUAUUUGCAUGUAAAGUGGGAAUGUUUGAUCACACACACAGUCUUUACAAACCAAAGUGCUGGGAGCCACUAAAUGAACAUUGAUGGGAAUUUGGAGGUGAUGAAAAUGCCCAGUAACGUUUCUUUUUUGCUGAGCGUGUGUCCCAGGACUUUGAGUGCGGGGCUGGUCACUGCAGGUACUGACAAGGUUCGUAUUGUACGGUCAGUGCCCCUCCCCUUCUCUCUCUUUCCUUUCUUUUUCAGCCCCUUUCUAUCCCUCCCUCCCUCUCCUUCUCCCGCCCUCUCCACUUCACCCUUUCCAGGACGGUCUUCACGGACGUGCCCGUCGAAAGCAGAGGAGAUUCCAUCCAGGCUCCACACAGCAAACAUGGCUCCCAGCAGUGUUCUCGGUCUCUUCAUACUGGCCCUCCUGAGCCUGCGUUUGGACCCCAUUCAUUCAGAAACAGUGGCAGAUGCUGCACCCACCCCACACAAGGAUAGCCAGGACACGUCGUCGGGGGGUGACGCAUUUGAUGUCACUACGAAGGACCCCUUCCACGACCUCACGGACAACGCCUUCACCUUUGAGUACGAGGACAACACCCGUUUCCAGCCACUGGAUGAGGACAACGAAGUGCUGGGUCCGGGCGCCAUCACCGCCAUCGUCAUCGCCGUGUUCCUGGGGGCAUCGGUGCUUCUUGCACUCAUAGUUAUCAUGCUCAGGAAGUUCUCAAGUGCCUAAAAGUCCCUCCCCCCAUCACUGCCCCAGGAACUUCCACCCUUUUAGACCCUCGGUCUUCUACUCCUUUACACACACACACACACGCAAACGCAAACACAUACAUACAUGCACACACACGUAUACACACAUGCACACACACGUAUACACACAUGCAUGCUCACGCACACACACGGACACACACAAACAUGCACACACACACACAGAUCACUAGGGAAUGAACAUAAAUAAGACCCCACUUGGCCCUUCUUUUUGAAAAACAUUUAGAAAUGAGCCGGGGUGGCCUGUACAGAGGCAGAAGAGGAGUCAUUGGAUGGGGUCGCUGGGUCAGGACCACACCUGCUGGGACACGGGAGCGUGCGUCCCUGCGACAGCCCCUGGGACUUGUGACACCCGGUGACGAUAGUGGGAGGAGUCCUCAUGAGCAUGCUCUCUCAGUGGGGCACUGUUCUUCCAUGGCCAAGUAGGCCCAUGUCUCACAAAUGAGACAUUAGGGGGCAUCACAUGGUCAGAUUUAGCUACACUUAGUUUUAUGCGUGUUAACUCAUUGCAACCUGCAGCUGAAGUGGACAUGUGUACGUGCAGAAAUGUCUCAAUUUGGAGUCCCAAAGUUAUUUUGCAUGCCGGCCUUUAUUUUUGUGUUAUUGAAAAGUAGCUGAGCAUGCGUGUGUGUGCUUGUGCAUGUGUAUCGGUGGGUGAGUGGGUAUGUGUGUGUCUUGAGUGCGUGUGAUUUUUGUUAGCCUCAGCAUUUUGUACUUUCCUUUCAUAAAUUGUGCCAGUGUACUAGGUUUGAUUUUGGAUGAAAUGUGAAACGUCAGCACAGUCUUCAUUUACCUGGUUGGUACCCAUGAAAAUAUUCAGUCCUCUUAAGAUUUUUGAGCACGCCUGAGAUAUUUCAGUUGCAGUGUUAAAUCCUGUACUUACAGUAAGGUAAGAUUCUAAGUGUCAAGUCUUUAUUGCACAAUCAUGUCUCUCAUUAUCUUAAUAUUACUUAAGUUCAAUGUUUGCAGUAGUGAAUGUGUUCAUACCCAUUACGUCCAAGAAGAGGCUUUAUAAAAAUAUUUUAAACAAAUGAUUAAUAUGCAUAUUGUUAAAUAGAUAUUUUCUUUGAGGAAAUUGUAGUUAAACACAAAAUUAUGUUUUUCAGUAUGGUUAAAUAAAUAUAUUAAGACUCAGAAAUAAUUGUUUAGAAAUGCUUGGCUUGGGGUCGUUCUUCAGUAUUUCUGUGCUAGGAAGCUAUUUUAUAUAAAUGUAAAGUGUUUUAUAACAUGAUAAGCUUAGGGGUGCUUGAUGGUUAUCUCUAUUAAUGCUUAAGUAUUGCUGAAUUACUUUAUUAUUAAUAGUAUUAAUAGAGUACAGUGUUUUCUUUAGUGAAGUAGAAAUUCAAACAUUUUAUAACAUUUGCUAAUACUUUGAUUUUAUAAUAAAUGUGUUACUGAUAGUAAAUUGUCAAAUAAUUUUACUGAUAUACUAUGGUAUACUAUGUAAAAAAUACUGUUCGGUGAAAUUAUCAUCAAAUUUUCAUAACUUAAAUACAAGUUGAUUAUUAUAAGGUCAGCAGGAAUCUACCCUUCCUAUCUUGUCUUUUUAUGUGCUGUAUGUUUCGCUAAAUGUAAUGAGUUUAAGUUGUAUCUGUGUAUUUGUAUGCGCAUGCGUGCCUGUGUGUAUAUGUGGGCAAAUGUGUUUGCCUUUGAUAUAAAUCUGUACCUCCUACCUGUGAGCUGGUAACUCACUACAGUUUCACAACAGAGUACAGUUUUACUGUACUCUAGCUACAUUGUCUUUAUAACCGUGUGAAUUGAGUCAUGUUACUUUUCCAUCGGCAAUAAAUAACUUUUCAACUAAACUAAAUACCAGUGAGAAAGUCAGCAAAAUAUCAUUUGCCACUCAGAACAUGUUAAUAAUGUGUAAGUGUGUGCACCACUAAAAUGAAAAGGGACGGCAUGUGUACAAUUUGUCCUUCCAUUUUUGUUUUGCCGUGACUUUGAUAUGGAUAGUUAAUGCCCUGUUCAUUCAUGGAUUUCUAAUAAACUGCACAGAAGUUAAA